AUGUCCUUCCUCGGAAUGGGACGUCCUCAACCUACAUCGGAGCAGAAGAUUGCUGCCGUAGAGGGAGAGAUGCGCAUGAUGGCCGAUACCUACAACCGUCUGCAAAACACUUGUCAGAAGAAGUGUAUCCCCACCGACUACCGCGAGGGCGAGCUCAACAAGGGCGAGUCCGUCUGCCUCGACCGCUGCACCGCCAAGUUCCUCGACGCGUCCAUCAAGAUUAGCGAGAUCAUGCAGCAGCAGGGUCAGGCCAACGGUGCCGCUCCGGGCGGCGGCGGCGGUCUCUUUUAA